AGAGAGUAACAAACACAAAAAAGAAAGAGGAGAGAUAAGGACAAUAGAGGUUUGACAGGAAAGAAGCAGCAAACUACACCAGAGCACGCGCCAACCACCCAUAAAUCCUCUCUUCUCUGACCCACAAACUACAUUCAUCAUAGAAAGUCACGUCCUGAACAUAACAACAACACCAAUAACAGCACCAACAACAGUAUCAACGAUAACAACAACAACAACGACAACCAUCAUCAUAAGCAGCACCAACAGCACACCAACACAAGCUGCAGUCUCCGGCUCGUCCAUGACCCCCCUGACCUCUGACCCCAUGACCUCAGACCUUAUGUCCCCGCCCCCGAUCCCCCCUGACGCCGCCAUGACACCGGAAGAGUCGGCCCUCCGUCUGUCCUACCUGGUCCUCGUCUCCCUGACCAGCGCCUUCGGGAACCUUCUCGUCCUGGUGGCCCUCUGUCGCUUCCGGUCACUUCGCCGGUCAGCCAACCUGAUGUUGUCGUCGCUCGCCGUGGCGGACUUCCUGGUAGGGACGAUAACCGUGCCCCUGUACAUCGCCUGGACGGCUCGUCCGGGCAUCUUUGACCGCUCCUCCUUCAUGUGCGCCCUGGUCCUGCUCAGUUGUCUGCUCCUGGUCACUGCCUCUCAUCUCAGCCUGCUCUUCCUCAGGGGACACAUAAAUGUCAGUCCAACCCAGAAUCGACUAAUAAUACAAUGCUACAAUUUACUUGUACUCUUCAGCUUCGAGCAGUACUUUGCCGUGUGCCAGCCGUUCAAACACCGAGACUUCGUGAUCUGCUACCCGUGGAUCCACCAAGUGGCUAUCGUGCUCAUCUGGUUCUUCAGCGCGGUCUUCACGGGGAUCUCUUCCUUCGCCAUCGACACAGGUGGCCACACGUGCAGCUAUUACGGCAAGUUUAACCACACCUUCCUCCUCGUCUCCUCUGUCUGCGGCGUGCUCGGGCCACUCGUUCUCAUCGUCGUCCUCAACGUUCGCGUUCUCUGCGAGGCGCAGAAUCAGGAUAAGCGGAGACAGUCCCUCACCUACGUCACCUCCAAUUCCUUGUCCUUCUUCUCUGGAGGUGGUAGUCCGAGAGAGAAGAAGGAGAGGCAAGACUCCAGUCUGUGGAGGAACGAACUGUUGGAGGAGACAACAACAGCGGCAAACACGACGACGACGACGUGUGGAUGUAUCAGUGGAGAUAAGAGAUGUCUGCCUCAGCUCACGUCUGCCGCUCUUUGUCUCUCCAUUUUCUUCUCCCGGCUGGUCAGGGGGAGAGCAGAAAGGGGUCCAGGCAGGGCGAGAAAGGCGGGAGUUGCGUUCUCCCAUAGACACUUUGGCCAGCUCGACUCGGACACCUCAGCGCUGCACAACUGUGCCAGCAACGACGGACUUCCGGUACUCUCUAAACUUCCCACGCCCUCUACCUCGUCUACCGGCGUCUCCAAUGACAACUGCGCUCUGAUUAGAGACGCUGCUACGUCACAGGCUGGCAAACCAAUCAGAAUCAGGAACAGCUCCGGCGGCGUAGAAGCGUUCGCAGAGGAGAUGCUCGAUCCAUCGCGCUUUCGUCUCCCGAGUCAUGGUGAACUCAUCGAGGAGAUAGUGGGGCCCUCCUACUCUCGUAUCCCAAAUCCAGGUGAACUCGCCGAGGAGAUGCUCGAUCCGUCGUACUCUUGUAUCUCGAGUCAUGAUGAACUAGCCGAAGGAAUGCUCGGUCCAUCGCCAUCUCGUAUUUCCCGUGAACUCGCCGAGGGGAUGUUCGGUCCCUCGUACUCUCGUAUCUCGGGUUCUGGUGAACUCACGAGUCAGGAGCAGGAAGGUUCCGGUAGAAGUACAGACACCAGUGGCUCUGACUCGGGAAUCUUUAACUUUACGGGAGAUCAGUGCGACCCCAGUCCUACCUACGGAAACGACAGCCACCAUUUUGUUGUGGAGAUUGUAGAGACUAGAGCAAUGCAUGUCCUUGGGGGAUCUUGUUCUAACAUGCUCUCAGCUGAAAACGUCUCUGAUUCAAAUAUUCUAUCUGCUCAAAGCACUUCUUGUUCAAAUAUGCUGUCUGCAGGAAGCGCUUCUUGUUCAAAUAUUAUGCUGUCUGCAGGAAGCGCUUCUUGUUCAAAUAUGCUGUCUGCUCAUAGCACUUAUUAUUCGAAUGUUCGAUCUGCUCAGAGCACAUCUUGUUCAAAUAUGCUUUCUGUUGGAAGCGCUUCUUGUUCAAAUAUACUUUCUGCUCACACCACAUCCAGUUUUCUCACGACUGACAGCACGUCUGGCUCAAACACGCUGACCACAGACAGCGCACAUAACUGUCAGCUGUAUCCUGGCGAGAUCUCAGGCUGUGUUACUGAUCUCCCAGGUUCAAACCCUGACGGAGUAGACCCACCCUCACAGCCGUACCCCGGAGACACAAACCCGUGCGGGAGGACCGCGACGGGAAACACUUGUAAAAAACACGCCAAGCGGUACAGAGCUUGGUCUACGACAGACGAUCUCAUGUCCAACAACCUGGCGCUCAUUCGUCCCAACUGCCGAAGACAUUCGGAGGGGGCGCUGCUAGAUGGAAAGACUGAGCUGGGAACAGCGGCCAUAAACCGGUCAUUGGAAGCGGAGAGGUUUUGUCAAGGUUGUAUGGUGGGUCAUCAGGAAACGCCGAGGAUGGAUGAAAGUGCGUUUGUCCGGAGCCUAGCAGAGAGGAGAGGGAUGUCUGUUGGGCCAGUCAAUAUUUCUUGCGCUGAGAAUAACGAAAGGAUGUCUCCGAGACGUGGGCUCACUUUUUAUCCUGAGGUUGAACAAUGUCAGUUUUCUGAAGAAGACCACAUGGAAGAACAUGACGGUGCGUCUAUCGUUGACUGUGCGGGGCAGCCUCUGUUAUGUGAGAACUCGUGUACACCGCGUAUGAAUACUCGUCACGGCUAUUCCCACUCUAGUCGUAAUAACCCAUUUCACCAGGACUAUCCCCACACUCGUGGAAAUAACUCAUGUUUCGUGGACUACCCCCAAGCACGUGGGAAUAACCCAAACUGCCAGGACUAUCCCCACAUUAGAGGUAAUAACGAACGUUUCCUCCUGGACUAUCCCCACACCUCCACCAACAACUCAUGUCGCCGCUCUGUGCGUCUCAAGCCUGUUUCUCCCUGGGCUACGAUUCCACACAAGGGUCGUACAAAUAAUGGUUUUUCCCUCAACGACAGAACAUCAAGGGUGAACUUUGACUGCGGCUCCAUAAAUUAUAACACUAACAGUAAUAAUAAUAGCGAUAAUGAUAAUGAUAAUGGUGGUGAUAACUAUGAUAUAAGGCAGGCAGACGUGGAGACAACAACAACAACAGCAACAACAACAACAGCAGAUGCUCUCGUCUCGCAACAACCCCGCAGGUCGACCGUUCACUUCAGCACCGACGGCUUCUCCCGACUCCCAACGAUGACGCCCCCCUCUCGUGGCUACUCGUCGGCCGCUUUCGGAAACACUCGGAGCUCCAAUCACGACGCCUCCCGGCCACGAACAACUUUCACCCUCCCCCGGGGAGACUCGGCUCUGUUCAGAGACCACCAUGCCAAGGACACUGGCGACGACUUCUACUCUCGACUGCGGUCCCCUCAGUCUAGGAGAGAGUCCAACGUUUUCAGAGACGCGCGCGGAGACUCUAACUACUACUUCGUGUCUGGACAAAUAGCCAAGAUGGUGGCGCUGGUGUGCGCGUCGUUCAUCCUGGCCUGGUUCCCGUUCGCUGUCGUCAUCAUUAUCAACAUCAUCUGCUCGCACUGCCAUCUGGACUACUUUCUCAAUGCCGUCAUCAUGAUCGCCUUCACCAAGUCGGUUUCGAACCCGGUCAUUUACGCGCUGUGUCGAGUGGGGUUCCGUCGAGCCUACAGUAACGUCCUGAGGUCCGUCUUCCUGGGUAUCUGCUGUCGGGGAGAAGGGAGAGGGAGUAGCCGCAACAGAGUGUACGGUGACGUCAGCUAUCGGAGAAAGUCGCGAUCCUGUUCGAUAUCGAGCUCUCUGUACUACCACUGACAAACACGCACACACACACAC